GCUCCUGAGGGGUGCAUUGCGGAGGGGUACAUAGCGACCGAGCUGGUAACGUUCUGUUCAAGGUAUCUGAAUAACACACCAACAUUCCACAACAGACCUCAGAGGAAUCCUGAUGGAUCCAAAGGGGCGGGCACGCGUGUUACCCUGAACCGGUUGAUAAUGCACCAGAUUCAUCGUUAUAUUGUGUUCAACUCUUCACAAUUUGCGGACGAUGCACAAAGACGCGCUUAGGCGAUCAUGCACUAGAGGUCGCAUUACGGAGGCUCUUAUUGAAGCAGAACAUCAUGAGCAGUUCUGCGAAUGGUACCCUGCAUAUGUCGAUGGCCUUGACGAUCAACGUAGGGAGGAAUUGGGCCACAACUUGGUUAUGCGUUGUAGAGGGCUGAAGGAGACAGCGGUCAAGUACAACAGGUACGUGGUAAAUGGGAAAUUGUUUCGCACGCUUGCCCAUGAUGUGGGAAGGAGGACUCAGAACAGCGGCGUAUGUGUUCCUACCGUUGAAGGCGAAACGUACUACGGGCAGUUAACCGAUAUAGUUGAGGUCGAGUACUAUGACAGGACCACGUACGUCCUAUUUAAGUGCAAUUGGGCAGACCCCACGAUGGAAAGAGGAUUCACAAUAGACGAGUAUGGCCUAGUGUUUGUCAACUUCAAUCACCUCGUCCACAGGGGAGAAUUGAUUCAGGACGAGCCGUACGUGCUUACAUCUCAGGUGGAUCAAGUAUUCUACGUCGAAGAUGGAAGGAACCCAAAUUGGGUUUGUGCGGUUAGGACCAAACCGCGCAACGUGUACGACGUUGGCCAGGGGGAUGGGAGUAAUGAGGAUGGUACAACCUACCAUGAGUGCGUACCGCUCGUACUAGCCACUGAUGACCUACCCGAUACGAAUGAUGAAUUUGAGUACGACAGGCCCGACAUUGAUCCGAUUGAAGCUCCCGUGAUACAAUGAUUGAUGUAUUUCUUGUAUUGAUGGACCAGGGACGCCAUCCUUAUGCAUAUCGGGCACCUCGCCCACCCGUGCCCCCCAUGACCACGCCCACUGAUUCGACGCCAGUAUAUACUGCGGCGUGGCCACACCACCCAGACGGGGCUUACAGACCAUUGUUGCUGGGUAUGGUGGCCGUGCCCACGUCAGAUCACGGGCAGACCAGCACAGCUGGAGUUGGCAGCUCUCCAUUGUCGGAGCCGCCGACAUUAUCUCAGUUAGGGUUCACCUAUCCGGGUAACGCCUAUCGAUGGUGGAUGCGAGAGGGGAUGGGUCAACAGGGUUAUGCAUCGUACUAUCCGUUUACGUAUAGUGUACCGUCGACGUGUAACCCUGAUAGUGAGACGCAGGAUGGUAGAUUUCCACUGUCACAGACCGGGGAGAUGCAGAUGCCGGCUGUGGGGUUGGGACAGAUACCGACACAGGCGGCGAUGCAGGGCCAGAUUUUGGGGCCGAGACAGAUGCCAGCAUCGGGGGCGAGUCAGGGCCCGGGGCAUGUAGAGAGGCAGAUGCCGUUACCUGGUGAGACCCAUAUGCCGCUUUCCGGUGAGAGUCAGAUGCCAGAUGUGGGGGGGAGCCAGACUACCCAUGAGGAGGACGUUGCGAUGUUGGGUACCGAUCAGUUGGCCCCCGGUAGCCCCCAGGGUAUGGAUUCAGAUGAUGAUCAGCAUCCUCCACCAGCCGGAGAGGUUGGCGAGGAGGUUGCAGGCGACCCAGCGACGCAGCACAUAGGGACUGGGCAGAUUCGGUUGAUGGGGUACAACCCAGACGGGACCAUUUAUUAUGAGGUGAUUGACGACCCAGCGAGAAACUGGGUGCUCCCGAGGGGGAAGAAGGUUGUAUUGCAGUACAAUGCUGCUAUACAACCUGUAGGACGAGCCUGCAAUCGUUUUCGGCGGGAAGUGGGCAAGAUGAUCAGGAGUGGGUCCUACAUACACAUGCGGGAUGAAUGGGCGAGGGUAAAUAGGCAGAUUAAGCAGGCAAUGUGGAACGCGCUGAUGGAGGAGUUCUAUCUACCUGUAUCAGUAGACAUGCGCAGGGCACAACAGGAGGCGUGAAAUGAUAUUGGACGUAAGCACCGCUCGUGGAAGUCGAGGUUCAAAACCCAACUACGAAUUGGAGACGGUGACUGAUGUGUUUUAAAAUAGUUACUCGCAAGUGCACGAAUCGUUUUGCAAUAUAGCGUUAUGCAAGUGCGAGGUCGAUCCCACAGGGAAUUGUGUUGCGAAAAUUAAUCUCUAUUCAAACUAAUCCUAUUUUAACCUAGUUCCAAAUUUAGGGGUUUUUUU